UCACAUACACUCGCUACAUUUCAUUUCCCUAAUUUCAUAAAGGUUAAACCUCAGCCACCAGCCAAAACCCUCUGCCAUCAACUCACUGUUUACUGGUUUUGUCAAUCCAUUGAGCUUUCGAUUCUCCCCCCUUCUUGGAUUGGGUCAAAGAUGGCGGGAAAGUCGAAUAGGGGAAAGAACCGUAAAGGGUCGCAGCAGAGUGCUGAGAAUCCAUCAGAACCGCCCAUCUCUUCGGAUGCUCCAAUAAAUGGUAGCUCCCCUGCUUCAGAGGCCAAUGGAGAUAAAAGCUUGAGUGAAUCAUUAGAAACAAAGCCGGAGGUGAAGGAACAUGAUAACACAUCAGAGCAGCAUCAAACGAAGCAAGCUGAGGUUCACCUAUAUCCUGUUCCUGUGAAAACACAAGGAGGAGAGAAGCUUGAGCUGCAGUUAAGCCCUGGAGAUUCUGUAAUGGAUGUGAGGCAGUUUCUUCUUGAUGCCCCAGAGACAUGUUUUAUGACUUGCUAUGACUUGUUACUGCACACAAAGGAAGGUUCUGUUCACCAUCUAGAAGAUUACAACGAGAUCUCCGAGGUUGCUGAUAUUACUUCUGGGAGCUGCUUCUUGGAAAUGGUUGCUGCAUUAUAUGAUGAUCGAUCCAUCAGAGCUCAUGUUCAUCGAACUAGAGACCUACUUUCUCUUUCAACCUUACAUUCUUCGUUAUCGACAACACUUGCACUACAGCAUGACACAGGUCGAAACACAGCUAAUACUAAAGCAGAUACUGUGAAAGCUGAAGUGCCAGAACUUGAUAAUUUGGAUUUUAUGGAGAAUGUUACCAGUUCACUUACUAGUUUGUUGUCAUCUCCUUCCAAAGAGAUCAAAUGUGUUGAAAGUAUUGUUUUCUCUUCAUUUAAUCCACCUCCAAGCUACAGAAGGCUUUCUGGAGACUUGAUUUAUUUGGACGUGGUAACACUGGAAGGAAAUAAAUAUUGCAUUACAGGAACAACAAAAAGUUUCUAUGUUAACUCCAGCACUGAGAAUAUUCUUGACCCAAGGCCAAACAGAGCUGCUUCAGAAGCUACAACCCUUGUUGGUCUUUUGCAAAAGAUUAGUCCUAAGUUCAAAAAAGCUUUCCGUGAAAUCUUGGAGAGAAAGGCCUUGGCACAUCCCUUUGAGAAUGUUCAGUCUCUGUUGCCACCACAUACAUGGCUUGGCCUGUAUCCUGUCCCUGAACACAAACGUGAUGCAGCCAGAGCAGAAAACUCUCUGACACUUUCUUUUGGAAGUGAGUUGAUCGGCAUGCAGAGAGAUUGGAAUGAAGAGCUGCAGGCUUGCCGGGAGUUCCCCCAUGCUACCCAUCAGGAGAGGAUCCUGAGAGAUAGAGCUCUUUAUAAAGUUACUUCUGAUUUUGUUGAUGCGGCAACUAGCGGUGCUAUUGGAGUGAUUAGCAGAUGCAUUCCACCUAUUAAUCCAACAGAUCCGGAAUGCUUUCAUAUGUAUGUCCACAACAACAUAUUCUUCAGUUUUGCUAUUGAUGCGGACCUUGAGGAGUUGUCCCAAAGGCGGCCGUCAGAAGAGCUCCAUAAAGCUGAAAGCACAGCCCAAUGUCAGACUUAUUCUGAUAAAAAUGAGGAGAUUCUAUCACAAGCAGCGUUGAGUGAAUCAACUGUGGGUGGAUCUUCUGUUCCACAUGCAGGAACUGUAAAUGGCACUGAGGCAUCCCCUGAUGUGCCUGCAGAGACUCCGUUGGCUGAAAGUGAGCAAGCCACAUAUGCAAGUGCUAAUAAUGAUUUAAAAGGCACAAAGGCCUUCCAGGAAGCUAAUGUUCCUGGGUUAUACAGUCUUGCUAUGGCCAUUAUUGAUUACAGAGGUCACAGGGUGGUAGCACAGAGUGUUUUGCCCGGAAUUCUCCAAGGCGAUAAAUCAGACUCCCUUCUAUAUGGUUCUGUUGACAAUGGCAAGACAAUUUGCUGGAGUGAAGAUUUUCAUACCAAGGUUCUGGAAGCUUCUAAACGACUUCAUCUGAAGGAGCACACUGUACUUGAUGGGUCUGGUAAUGCUGUCAAGCUAGCUGCUCCAGUUGAGUGUAAGGGCAUUGUUGGCAGUGAUGACAGGCACUACCUUCUGGAUUUGAUGAGGGUCACUCCCCGUGAUGCAAACUACAAUGGACCUGGUUCCAGAUUUUGUAUUUUGAGGCCUGAACUUAUAACUGCGUUUUGCCAUGCUGAGGCAGGUGAGAAGUCAAGCCCUGGGUGUGAAUCACAAGAAGAGAAUCCUGUUGCUUCUGAUUCUUCGGGUGCUGAUAAUGGUGACGAAUCUGUGAAAUCGGAGGAAAAUGCUGAAUCAGCAACAACUGAUUCACAGUUACAGUCACAGGAUGCCGUAGAUGGUGAAAAGCCGAAUAUUGACGAAUGUGGUUGUCACUUCAAUGGAAAAGAUGCAACCAAGGAGAUUCUGUUCAAUCCUAAUGUCUUUACUGAAUUCAAGCUAUCUGGGAAUCCAGAGGAGAUAGCUGCAGACGAAGAAAAUGUGCGGAAAGCAAGUUUAUAUCUAAAAGAUGUUGCCUUGCCUAAAUUCAUACAUGAUCUUUGCACCCUUGAAGUUUCACCUAUGGAUGGACAAACUUUGACAGAAGCACUUCAUGCACAUGGCAUUAAUGUUCGGUAUAUCGGACGGGUAGCUGAGGGGACUAGGCAUAUGCCUCAUUUGUGGGAUCUUUGUUCCAAUGAGGUCGUCGUCAGAUCUGCUAAGCAUGUUAUUAAGGAUGCUUUAAGAGACACAGCAGAUCAUGAUAUCGGGCAUGCUGUUGCACAUUAUUUGAACUGUUUUGCUGGAAAAGUUCAGGGUGUGUCUGCCAAAGGUGUUGCAAACAGUACACACACCAAAAACCACAAAAAGGGUCAAUCAGGUCAUCAUGCUUCAGGAAAAUCUUCCAAAGCACAAGCUAAGUCAAAAAGUGGAGACUAUAUGAAAAAAAAGCAGUCCUUGUUUUUGAGCUUUACCUCGGAUAGUUUAUGGGCUGACAUUCAGGAAUUUGCAAAACUCAAGUACCAGUUUGAGUUACCGGAGGAUGCAAGGAACCAGGUGAAGAAAAUUUCAGUAAUACGAAAUCUUUGCCAAAAGGUUGGAUUGACCAUUACUGCUCGCAAGUAUGAUUUUGGUGCUGCCACACCUUUCCAAGUUUCAGAUAUACUGAAUAUGCAACCGGUGGUAAAAUAUUUUAUUCCAAUCAGUUCAGAAGCCAAAGAUCUGGUUGAAAAGGGCAAAGUUCAAUUGUCAGAGGGAAUGCUUAGCGAGGCAUAUGUGCUAUUUUCGGAGGCUUUCACAAUUCUUCAGCAGGUGACGGGUCCAAUGCAUCGAGAGGUUGCAAAUUGUUGCAGAUACUUGGCCAUGGUCUUGUAUCACGCUGGAGACAUGGCUGGAGCGAUACUGCAACAGCACAAGGAACUUAUAAUAAAUGAACGCUGCCUUGGAUUAGGCCACCCUGAUACAGCUCACAGUUACGGGAACAUGGCUCUCUUUUACCAUGGUCUGAACCAAACAGAGCUUGCAUUGCGUCAUAUGUCACGGGCAUUGCUUCUUUUAAGUUUGUCAUCUGGCCCAGAUCACCCUGAUGUUGCUGCUACAUUCAUAAAUGUCGCCAUGAUGUACCAAGAUAUUGGGAAAAUGGAUACAGCCCUUAGAUACUUGCAAGAAGCUCUGAAAAAGAAUGAACGACUGCUAGGAGAGGAACAUAUUCAGACUGCUGUGUGUUACCAUGCUUUGGCAAUUGCAUUCAACUGUAUGGGAGCAUUUAAGCUUUGUCACCAGCACGAAAAGAAAACAUAUGAUAUUCUUCUCAAACAACUUGGUGAGGACGACUCUAGGACGAAGGACUCUCAGAACUGGAUGAACACUUUCAAAAUGCGUGAACUGCAAGCUAAUGCGCAAAAGCAGAAAGGACAGGCUUUGGAUCCAACUUCUGCACAGAAGGCUAUUGAUAUGAUUAAGGCACAUCCAGACUUGUUACAAGCAUUUCAAGCAGCUGCAGUUGCUGGGAGUUCUAGUAAUACUAGUGUUGUUGGAAAGAAAUCUUUAAAUGGUGCGAGGGGUUUGGAUGAAAGAGCGAAGAAGAAAGCAGCAGCAAAGGCUCUUUUAGUAAGUAGGCAUGGUAGUCCUGCACAGGCUUCACUGCCAAUCUCUAACAUCAUAAACCCAGGAGCGCCGCCUCCUCCUGAGGUUGCUGUAAACGAGGCCACUAAUGGAGGGAAGAAAGAAUCUGACGAAUCCUCAAAUGGAGUGCUAGGUCAUGAAGCCAAGCCAGGUCAGCAAGAUCAGGCUCCGGUUGGAUUAGGCACGGGAUUGGCUGCUCUAGACGCCAAGAAGCGGAAAUCAAAAUCCAAAGGGAAAGCGAAAGCCGAGUUAUCUAACUGAGCCUGGCUGCAUUUAGGUUCUUUUUUGUUAGGUGUAGGUUUUGGUCAGUCUGAAUUACAAUUGAGUUAUACAUUCUGCAUUGAAGCGUGAUUAGUUUACGGCUACAUUCGGUACUCUUCCAAAGUUGUUUUAAUAAGCGUGCUAUGAGAAUUUUGCAUCUA